ACAGAUCUAUCUUUUAUUUUAUACAGUGAUAUGCUUUAAAAUCAUAUUAAAAUCACUUAUAAUAGCGUGUAUGAGGCUGGAGCCAGCAGCUUGGAUUUUUUGCAGUGUGCCUCCAUGGAUGCAUCACAUGACCCGUUAAUCUUCACCGUGUUUCCGCCUUCACGACGGCCGAGCUGCUAUCAAUGACUCUCCAUGGAGGUGUGCGGGGUUUUAGCCAAAGCAUCUUUGCCGUUCCCUCCAUCCUCCCCCCCGGCUGUUGUUUUUAACCCAGAGUAAAUGCACCCUUAGCCUCCUGCGCGUCUCCUCAUCCUCCUCCAUCAUCCGCCGCCGCCGCCGCCUCCUCCCCUCGAGCCUUCCCAUCACCGAGCCAGCGCGAUCGAGCUGGGGGGCAAUCCGGGAAAAGGCAGCCGCGGUGCCGCGCACCGGCCGACGGACGCCCCGCCGCGACGCGCCACCAACAUGCUCAGCCGGGUCAAGUCCGCCGUGGCCGGCUACAUGAGCGGCAUCAUGGCCGGGGGCGGCUCCGGCUCCGGCGGGAAUCACGGCACCGAGAUGCCGCUGAAAUUCCCAUAUAUGAGACCAGAUUUCCUCGGACUGUCCCAGGAUGAGAUUGAGUGCUCCGCCGACCACAUAGCUCGGCCCAUCCUCAUUCUGAAGGAAACCAGGAGAUUACCGUGGGCCACCGGAUACGCUGAGGUCAUCAAUGCUGGCAAGAGCGCGCUAAAUGAGGACCAGGCCUGCUGCGAGGUGGUGGUGGCGAGACGGAGGCCAAUGAGCUACUGCCCCCCCUCCACACCUAGCAGGACCCCCACCGCCAAGAGGCGCAACUCCUUACCCAAUGGAGAGGGCUUAGGACUCAGAAUGGAUCACAACAAACUGGGGGAGGACAGCGAAGGCCUCGUGUUCCACUACUGGGCCUUGUUCGACGGCCACGCCGGUUCCGGCGCGGCAGUCGUCGCCUCCCGUCUGCUGCAGCACCACAUCGUCUGCCAGCUCCAGGCCGUCAUAGACAUCCUGCGCAACCUGGCCACCCCCCCCCCGACCGUCAUGGGCGAGGAGCCCGACGCCAACCCCUACAUGCAGGGGAACACGCCUCACCGAGCCCUGACCCGCGCCGCGUCCCUGCGCGGGGCCGCCGGCGCGCCGGGCUCGCCGUCCAGCACCCCGCCCCCGCCGCGCUUCUUCAUCGAGAAGAAGGUCCAGCACGAGAGCCUGGUGAUAGGAGCCAUCGAGAACGCUUUCAAAGAGAUGGACGCCCAGAUCGAGAGGGAGAAGCAGGUCUACAACAUCACGGGGGGAUGCACGGCGCUCACUGUGGUCUACCUGCUGGGAAAACUGUACGUCGGGAACGCCGGCGACAGCAGGGCUAUCAUUAUUAGGAACAACGAGAUCGUUCCCAUGUCGACAGAGUUCACGCCGGAGUCAGAACGACAGCGACUCCAGUUCCUGGGUUUCAUGCAGCCUCACCUGUUAGGAAAUGAGUUCACGCACCUGGAAUUCCCCCGGAGAGUUCAGAGGAAGGAGGUGGGCAAGAGGAUGCUCUACAGGGACUUCACCAUGAACGGAUGGGCAUACAAGACCAUCGAGGAUGAAGAUCUCAAGUUUCCACUUAUAUACGGUGAAGGGAAAAAGGCACGGGUGUUGGCCACCAUCGGUGUGACCCGCGGGCUCGGUGACCAUGACCUCAAAGUUCACGACUCCAACAUCUACAUCAAGCCGUUCCUUUCCUGCUGUCCGGAGGUGAAAGUGUAUAACCUGACGCAGUACGAGCACGGUGCUGAUGACGUCUUGGUGAUGGGAACCGACGGCCUCUGGGACGUCCUCUCUAACCAGGAAGUAGCCGAAGCUGUCACCAGCUUUUUAGCCAACUGUGACCCAGAUGACCUGCACAGGUAUACAAUGGCAGCACAGGACCUGGUAAUGCGAGCACGCGGCGUGCUGAGAGACAGAGGCUGGAGGAUCACCAACGAGCGUCUGGGCUCUGGAGACGAUAUCUCGGUCUUCAUCAUACCUCUGAUGUACGGCAACCGCCAGCCUUGAGGACCCAGACUGAGAGGCUGCAUUUCAAGGACCUGAGGGGCCUGUAGAAUCAACAGGAUUGUUUAGCCCUGAAACCUCUUUCAGUUCCUUUAUUUAUUUGUUUCCUUAGACGGACGUCAAGUGGAACGAAGAUUUGUUGGUGCUUCAUUUCUCUAUGGGAGUUCAGGAUCGGUAAUCUAAAGGGAAUUACAGUCAGCGAUGCUUGUUUGGCUCAUCUUUUUAAGAAGUCAAUAACAAGCUAAUUUAGUUUAACUUGAAUCGACACUGGAAAAUGCCGACGUGACACCAGUUUCACAGCGUGAUGACUGUCCCUGAACUUCCACUGAGAUGUGAAAGCUACAACCGAAUGCUCUUCCAAAGUGGAAAAAAGGUCUUUCCUUCCUUCUCUUUUCCUCUCUUGUUAUGGUAUACUUGGCUCCUUCUCUCUCAAAUCUCUCUUUUGAUCCCCUCUUCUUCUCUUAAACUGCACAGUCAACAUGUUCAUUAUAUAUAUAUAUGAAAAAAAUACCUCCUUCGUCUUGUGAACAUGGACCCAGCUGACUGGUCAGCUGAAUUUUCCGUUUUGCCACAGUGUGGCUUUGAAGGAUUCAUCUACAUGCUGAAGAGCUGCUUCUAGUCUGACAAAACAAACAAACAAACAAACAAACAAAAAACGGAAGAAGGUGAUAAUAUAGAUGCAGAAUAAAAGAGACAAAGUUACUUGUGGAAGCAAUGCCCAUAUAAGGAAGAGCUCAUGAAGGGACGGGAGCUUGUAACAGUUUCAUAUGGUUUACGAACACAAUUUGAGGCAAAAGAGGUAAAAAAAAUGAAAUGACAAGUCAUUUAGUCUAUCAUGUCAAAAAAAAAAAGAAAUUUAAUUCACUUAAUCGUCUGGCAGAGUUAGUUAUCUAGCCUACAAAGAGAAAAGCGUCAGCCUAGCCUAGCGUAAACACUGCUGUAAGCUAGCCUAACUCUCUCCAGAGAUUACAGAUAAAUAAAACUGUACAACUUACUGAUGACACAGAAUUUAAGUUGCUAAAUCUGCCAUUUGAAAAGUGCAAGGCCAAGCUGUUUCUGUUACUUCUAGUCUUAAUGCUAACAUAAGAUAACGUGCUAACAUGCCGCAGCUUCAAAGCUACAAAUUGUACUGUAUGUUGCUGCCUUCAAAUACACCCAGGCAUAAAUGGUAAUUGAAUAUACUGUAAUUGUCAUAUAAAAUUUUGUUUCUCAUUUUAUUUGUCUGAAAUAAUGUUAAUGUUUUCAUUAUACCUUUGCAUUGCCUAGAUUGAUUCGCCUCUUAGGCUCGAGGGCUUAGAGUAGCUAGUAGCUAGUAGCAUAAUAGCUUUGUCGUGACUUAUGCUCAUUUUACCAUGAACUCAAACCAUUUUGUAAACAUGGCCUCCUAUGCUACAACCACAGGCUCCAUUUGAAGGCAGCAAAUAAGAAACCUUUUUAAAAAGUACUUCUAAACAGUACAAAUAUUUUAGUCUUUUAAAGACUGAAAAAUAACUAACAAGUAAUUAGAUUAAAUGACCUGUACAUUAGCCUAGUCUUACCAAGGAGCCACGAUACACUACACUGAAGGAUUAAGAGGCAAAUAUUCCCUGCAGCAGGGAGGAAAAUAAAUGUUUAAUUUUAAUUUCAAAAAAGGAAAAACAGAACUACAAUCAAAGUCAAAUUGAACAUAAAACUCUGAAAGCGUUCUUUUACUUUAACAUGUUCAGCACGUUUCAUAAGAUCCAGAUGUACCCUCGGAGGGAUCGGUAAUGAAGUACCACAUACGGAUGGAUGUAGUGAAAUAGUAUGUGGGCCGUGCACGCAGUGACAUAUAGUGUGGGCCUGGGAUCAUGAGCAACGGUGCAAUGGUUUAAACUGCUAUUUGUUUUAUAUGAACUGAAUUUGUAUUUAUGUAAUGUAUGUAAGAACUGGUGACCAUGUUAUUUGUUUGUAAACGUGCAAAAACCAUGCAUAUAUUUGUGAGGUUGUUAUUUUACCGUUAGCAUCAUCCCACAUAUUUAGCAUCAGAGCUAAAGAAUGAGACUGACCACGAAAGAAGGAAAUGCAACGACUGUGCGAAAUGGCCAUACAGGAAACCAAAUCAUGUGCCGUUUUUGCACAUAUUUGUCUGAGUUUUGUAAUUUAUUCCCCUGAUUUUGGAAAUAUACCAAUGUUAACACUGGGAUGCAGGAGACGAGACGCAGUUUGCACUAAGUCAUCGUUUGUGAGAGGUUUGAUUCUGAGCAAAAAAUGUUAGUCUAAUAGCAUAAUUGCCUCAUGUCAUUUUUGACUUACUGUUACAGUAUAAAUAAAGAUACCAAUGUGCUUGCUAAAAAUUGGAUUUUUCUUGUUUUCCAAAAACGUUCAAAUAUGACGUAGGCAAUUAUGCUACUAUGCUAACGAAAAGAUAGCAUUACGUUUAAACUAACUGCAUGUUUUAGAUGAGCAUUUUGGCGAAAAUAAAUUAAUAAUUAAAUAAAACAGGGAUAACUUAUAAUAUAUGACUUAUUAUCUAUGUAGUGAAAAUGUAGAGCCUUGGAGUAGCACAGGUUUACUUUUGGCUAGGUGGGUACAUCUCCCAACUAAAUGAUAGAGGUUAUGGACUGAAUCCCAAAAGGUUCAUUUGGAAAUUGUGCUGGGAUGAGGAAGCCAUUGUUAAAAAAAAAAAAAAAAAAGUUAAACAUUUUGGGAAAUAACGUUAUUUUACCUAUUUCAGUAUGGUAGCUCCAGGUAGCUAGCAACCACUUCGAUUAGCUUAGCACCGAUUACACUGGAAACAAGGGAAACAGCGAGCUUCAGUCUCCAACAAAAACAUCUAAACAACAACAAAAGCUCACUAGUUGCUUUAUUUUAUAAUAAAAAUGCAACAAUAACAACUGGAUGUUUGCUUGGGAAGUCUUCCGGCACAACUCCAAAGUUAGCUGUUUUUGUUCUAGACGUCGCGGUAAACUAAGCUAACCUGUUACACGGCCUUUUUUUAUUAUUUUUUUUAAUUAAUUUAUUUUUUUUAGCCACUGACUACCAUUAUCAACAGUCAACAUGCAGCAGACAUUUAUAUUUACCUGAAGUUCAUAUGGUGCAUUUUCCUCCUGUACAUUCCAUGAAGCAAACAUUUAAUUUUUUUUUUUUUAGAAAAUUACGUACGUAAAACUUGCUUUACAUUUUAGUUAAAAACUCACGUGUCACGUGACCGACUUAGCGUAUCACUCGGUUCAAAACAACUGUCGUCUGAUGCUGGAGAUUUUUUUUUUUGUUUUUUUUUUUUUAACCGUGUUGAAUGUUCAUCCUGUCAUUAAGCCUUCUUAUCUUUGAUGAAUGUGAAAAAAAAUUACAUAUAUACCAUUUAUUUUUCUCAUCCUAAUGUGCCACCCAACUGCUGCAACUCAGGUUCAAGUGUUGUGCGUUAAUGACAACCUGGUUUUCUAAAGGCAGGGAGUCCACCAUGAUGGUUUAUAAGUUACAGUACAUAUGUAAAUACUUGAAGGUGGAUAGGUGUACGGGAAGCUCUUAGACUUUAACGCUUACUUUGACCCUUCAGCCCGACUGUAGGUAUCUCAUUUUGAAGUUGCUGUAUUGUGAAUUUUUGUCAUUGCUGUUGGAUCUUUUUCUACCUUUAGAUUACAAGGUUGGUUGUGGGUAAAAUACAAAGAGCUGGCAGUUUUUUUUUUCUUCCCCUGUAGCAAAGAUGAAGUUUGAAAUCCACGGGGAAUAAUUUUUAAGUGACCGUUACUCUAUCCUCAACCUACUUUGUUUGUGAAUGUGAAAUGUUCAUUUUAUAUAAUCAAAACAUGUGCUGCGGAGUGAAAAAGAAAUAUUUUUUAUGUUGUUUUUUUUUUUUUUGUGAAACUCUUGAACUGAGGCAAAAAGGAAAAGACAAAAAGCAACGUUUACCUUCAGUGUUUCUUAUCCAGAAAUGAAAAAAAAAAGACAAUAAAUGUUUAAGAUCAAUAUAACAAAAAAAAAA